CGCGCCAGUGCCCAGAAUAGAGAUCUGGUGUCGGUGCGGGACAGCUCAGUUCACCGGCCGGGACGUUUGUGAAAAAAAGGGACCUGUGCUUUUUUAAAAUUUAUUUGCCAACAACACAACACACACAUCCUCUGGCUGCGGUGUCCGCCUCCGUCGUCGCCCUCCUCCUCCUCCUCCUCCUCCACAUGCUUCCAUACCAGUCCAACCUUCACCUGUUGACGCCGACAAGCUGCUCUUAUACUGACCUGUGGACGGGUUUUUGUUUGUUUGUUUGUUUUUAAUCCUGGGGAGGCAUUGAUACAGAAAGAAACAAAACACCGCCAGAAGCUGACGAGGCUCAGAUCCACAGAGAAAAGCCAACCGGUGAAGUGGAAGCCCGGACUUUUUUUUACGCGUGCCAGACUCUGCGCGCCCGCACACGAGAGCGCAUCAAGACAACGUUUGGGUUGGAUCGUUCCAGCGGGUUUUUGUUCGACUCUCCGGCAGUUUCUGUUCCACGGCGCCAUGGAGAGGAGGAGCCGCGGCGGCCGUCGCUGAGCUCGGAGCACGUUUCCCCAGUCUUUAGAAAUGCCCCAACACAACAUGGACAGCCCCAGGAGCCAGUGGCCACAGGCGCUGCAGUCGCCGUGGAUCGCCAGAGUUGCCGGCAGCCAGAGUCCCGCCUCCUCGGGGGCGGAGUCAGACACAGAGAGCAGCAGCACGGAGAGCGAGAAGUCCUGCAUUAAAAAGCUGGAGGUGGGCUCAGUGAGGGUCCUGCGUUCGCCCUCAAUGCUCAAACAGCGAAUCGCAGAGAUCGACCAACAGAAGGAGGAACUGAAGAUUGAGCUACAGCUGGAGAUCGCCCUGCUGCAGGGCGAGCUGCAGACGGAGGAGAAGCAGCUGCACAGGCACACACAGAAGCUGCAGGCGCUCCAGCAGGAGGCCAGACCAAAAGAGAGGCAAAGACACACCAACAAACAGAAGGAGCGGGAGCGUCUGGAGGCGGAGAGUCGCAGGGUGCAGGAGCUGAAGAGGAGGUGUGAGGAGAAGGAGAAGCUGAUCCCCAGUCAGCCCGAGAGCCAGAGAGAACAGCUAACCCUGCAGCUGCAACAGGAGAAAGAGGUGAUGGAGGCGGCAGUUCGGGCCUUCGAGGACUGGGAGUUCAGUGUUCUGGAGCGAGAGAGCAGCAUCGAAGAGGAGGACGAGAGCGCGGCUUCGGCGGGAGAGAAUGAAGGGAAAACGGAAAAGGAAAUCUUGUGUCAGCAGCAUGCGGUCAGCGCAGCACAGGGGCGAGUCCAGCAGCUGGAGAGACAGUUGAAGGAGAUGGAGAGAGAGAAGGAGAAGGGGCUGAACGCCUUGAGGAGAGAGAGGAGAGAACUCUUCCACACAACCCAAACGGUUCCCAAAGAAAAGAAGCCGUUCGCCGAUUGGUCGAACAUCACCGGCUCUGCCCCCUGCAUGAUGUCGCUUUCCCCCCUGUCCGUUCACAAGCCCCCUCAGGAACCAUACAAGGAAUCUGCCAGUUUGCCCAGAAGACGGAGUUCGCAUCGCAACAACAGACUCAGCGACAGGCCGGUCUCGGCACAGGUGUUGGUGCGGACGCUUCCAGACAGCCAGUCUCCAGAGGCUUUCGCGUCCCCCCCCUCCUCCCAUAGACUCAGCAACGGACACGGCAGACCUGGGACCAGCAACGGCGGUGCGCUCCUCACUCCAUGCAACAGCACGGCAAGCUCUCGCGCUGCCAGCCCGUGCCUGCUGGACCUCGUGGAGAUCGAGAAGAAACUGAAGGAAGCCAAGGCGGAGAGGGAGAGACUGCUCAGAGAGAGGGAAGAGCGCCGGCAGUUGCUGUCGGAGGAGAGAAGACGGAGGGUGCUCAACUCUCCCGUGACAGAGACCCCGGAGCCAGAGAGUCCACAAAGGCCAGAACCAAAGGAGCAGCUACAGGCCAGUUCUCCCCCAAACUCCCCCGUGCAGCGCAGCCUGCCCCUCUUCCUCUCCGCAAACUUUGACCUCCGGGUCCACGUGGAGUCUCUGGGUCAUGGGGUGACCGGCUGCGCGGACCUGCGGCUGACAUCGCGACGCUGCGCGGGCUUCCUGACCAAGCGAGGCGGGAGGGUCAAGACCUGGAAGAAGAGGUGGUUCUUGUUUGACAUGGACCACAGGCGGCUAGCCUACUAUACAGACUCUGACGAGCGGAAGCUGAAGGGAGUCAUCUACUUCCAAGCCAUAGAAGAAGUUUACUUUGACCAUCUACGAACAGCCACAUCGUCUCCACGGCCCCCCCUGACGUUCUGCGUCAAGACAUACGACCGUCUCUUCUUCCUCGUGGCUCCCAAUGCCGUGUCCAUGCGGAUUUGGAUGGAUGUAAUCGUCACGGCAACAGAUGAGCACAGCCGCUAUUGACCUCCCACACUCGACUGUCAACUCCUUGAGUGAAGCUACCGAACACUAGAGUGGUUUUGGUUUGGUUGGUUCGGCUGAGAUCCGCCUCGGGGGCUCGCUCUGCGCCUGGAUUCGUGGAUCUGUGGAUUUAAGCAUGUACGAGUCAGAGCUUAUGUGCCUGGAACAGAGUGACCCGAACCCUAUUGGAGGAAACUGUUACUGGAAGAGUGAAGCUUCAACACCAGUGUGCACGCCAUACCUGCCAACAUUUGAUUUUCAAAAUCCGGGAGAUUUGUGCGGAGGCAUGGCGGCGUGACGGGGGGGGGGGGGGGGGUAUUAUUUACAGCAAUAUUUUGAUUUCUUUGAGGGAACACCGCCUUCACCUGCCAUUAUCGGCUUGCUUUCGGGUCUGAACUUUCCGCAAAGCAUGAGCAGAGAUCAACUGUGCAACUGGGUUAUAGGUUACCAGGUUGACGUGACAAAUGAGUUAAAAAUUGUAGGUGUGUGGAUUGUGUGAAUAGGAUGCGUUUCAUACAAGAUCUGGCAACUGGUCAACAUUAGACAAACAUAUUGGUCCGAUUAUUUAUAAAAGAAUUUGGGCCAUGCAAAUUACGGGAGUUUCCCGGGAGAAAUAACAAACCGGGAGGGGUCUGGGAGAUAGGGCUAAAAAACGUGAGAAACCCAGGAAAAACGUGAGUGUUGGCAGGUAUGGUGCACGUUGGUGCGUCUUGUUACCGGGAGGUUUCACUGUUUGAGCCUGAGCUCCCACUGCUGGUCACAGUCCAGUAUUACAGGACUGGUGAGCACCACUUCACUAGGAAACACUAUAGCAGGGAAAGGAUGGAAUAAUGGCAGUGCCUGUUCAAUAUAAUGCAAUCCAAUCCAAACCUCCAGCUAUAAAUAAACCUUUGUUAGGUGUUAGUGCUGGAUUCUGUGUUGGAUUGCUUCUUUAUCAUCAGGUGUUCCCAUUUGUGUUUCCACAUCCUGCAACUUUUUUUCCAGUAAAGACUGAUUGUACAUUGCAUUUUAUUGUAUUAAGUUAUUAUCUGGAGAUUUAUAUAGGUUUCAUACGCAAAUACGUGAAGGAAUACACUGUUAUGAAUGCACUAUUAAAUGUCUAAAAGUUG